GAGAGAGGGGGGGGGGCACAAAAGAAGAAAAUAGGGCGUAGAAGAUGAAUUUAGAGAGAGAGAAGAUUUGUAAAACAGUUAAUCGAGAUUCGCCAUGAGAGCUCCUCACUCCUGCUUCUUCGUCUUCCUCUCCCUCUUCUCUAUCCUUAUCUCGCCGUUAUCCUUCCUCAUUCCCGUAUCUGGAGGCGGAGGGCCAAUCCGAUUCGAUAGGGAAUUUGCAGAGGUUCAUCGGAGAAUUCUGCAUCAGCCGCUUUUUCCGGAGAGUUCUACUCCGCCGCCGGCUUCCGAUUCGCCGCCAUCUACUCCGGCUACUCCCGAUAUCCCUGAUCAGCCUUUCUUCCCCGAGGUACCGUCCACGUCUUACCAGAGUCAGUCUCCUCCUUCUCCUCCGCCAGCUUCCGCUGCUGUCAAUGGCGGAUUGCCGAUUCCGACAGCUACUCAACCAGCGAAACCGGGGAAGAAAGUCGCGAUCGUCAUAUCCGUUGGAAUUGUUACACUCGGUAUGCUCUCUGCUCUGGCUUUCUUUUUGUACCGACACAAAGUGAAACACGCGAGCGAAACUCAGAAACUCGCCAAUGGAGGCGUCGAUGGCGGUUCGCACAUGUUGCAGGAAGAUACGAGACCACCUACGUCCAGUUUUCUCUAUAUUGGAACGGUUGAGCCGAAUCGAGAGUCGUCUAUUGUGACGAAUGGCGAAAGCAACGGAACGGCCAAUGUGUCACCGUAUCGGAAGCUGAAUUCGGCUAAAAGAUCGGAUCGGUAUCGGCCGAGCCCGGAGCUUCAUCCGCUUCCACCAUUAUCCAGGCCUCCACCGUCUGGUGAUUCACCGUCAGUGUUGUCUCCAUCUCCGUCACAUUCAUCUUCCGACGAGCAGAGCCGCGACGCGGCAUUUUAUACGCCGCACAAAUCUACGAUCAGCAGCGAGGAUGGUUUCUACACGCCGUUUGUUCGUUCCGCCGAUAGCACCAACCAUUCCACCGGCUCGGUUCCUCACUCGAAGAGAACAUCUCCGAGGUCGAGGUUUGCAACAGGAGGCGCGACGGCCGGAACGAAGGCUUCAUCCUCGCCGGAGAUGAAACACGUCAUCAUUCCAUCGAUAAAGCAGAAACAGCCACCGCCGCCGCCACCGCAACGGGGGUCGGAAAAUAAGCGCCAGGAGCUUACCUAUUCAUCGAACCGGCCUAAGUUUUCGUCUCCACCUCCGCCACCAAAUAGGGCGGCGCUUCAGGCAAUAAACACAGAUCAAGCCCUUCCUCCGCCUCGGGCGCCUCCACCUCCGCCGCCGCCGCCGCCUCCCCCUCUUCACAAGCAGACGGAAGACUUCCAGAUACAGCGUAGGCCGAGCGGUUCCGAAGUAACCACUUCUACAACGUCAAAUGAACCUCUGAAGAAACAGGAAUUCAGGACUCCGAGUCCCAAAUCCAAGCCAGAAGAGGUUAAUAGCAGAUCAGGUGGUUCAUCCGAAAAGACGGGAGAUGCGGAAACUGAUUCAGGUAGGCCGAAGUUGAAGCCUCUCCAUUGGGACAAAGUGCGUGCGAGCUCGGAUCGCGCGACUGUUUGGGACCAGAUCAAGUCGAGUUCAUUUCAGUUGAACGAGGAUAGGAUGGAACAUUUAUUUGGUUGCAAUACGAAAAAACCAGCCCCAAAUGAAAGCGUGAGAAGGUCGGUGCUACCUCCAGUGGAGAAUGAGAACAGAGUAUUGGAUCCGAAGAAGUCACAGAACAUUGCUAUUCUUCUUAGAGCACUGAAUGUAACGCGGGAAGAGGUGUUCGAAGCCCUGUUGGAUGGUAAUCCCGAUAGCUUAGGUGCGGAGCUUCUGGAAACACUGGUGAAGAUGGGUCCAACCAAAGAGGAAGAGAUAAAACUUCGAGAGUACUCUGGUGAUGACUUGAAACUCGGGACAGCUGAAAAGUUUCUUAAAACCAUUCUCGAUAUACCUUUCGCCUUCAAAAGGGUCGAAGCAAUGUUGUAUAGAGCCAACUUUGAUGCAGAAGUUAAAUAUCUGAGGAACUCAUUCCAGACACUAGAGGAUGCAAGCAAAGAACUAAAGAACAGCAGGCUGUUCCUCAAACUACUGGAGGCUGUUCUAAGGACAGGGAACAGAAUGAAUGUGGGAACUAAUCGUGGAGAUGCCAAGGCAUUCAAACUUGAUACUCUUUUGAAACUCGUGGACAUAAAGGGUACUGACGGGAAGACCACGUUGCUCCACUUUGUGGUCCAAGAGAUCACUAGAUCCGAAGGCAUGCCUUCGGACUCUACAAACGGGAACUGUCAGAGCGAAGAGUCACAACCGGAAGAAGGCGAUUUGAAAAAGCAAGGGCUUCAAGUAGUGGCAGGACUCAGUAGAGAUCUUGGCAACGUGAAAAGGGCAGCCGGGAUGGACUUUGACGUUCUGAGCAGUUACGUUUCCAAACUCGAGAUGGGUCUGGAUAAGGUUCGAUCUGUUCUGCAACACGAGAAGCCAGAAACGAAACAGGGGAAGUUCUUCGAUUCAAUGAAGGCGUUCCUCAAAGAAGCAGGGGAAGAGAUGGGUAUGGUCAAGGAAAAUGAAAGGAAGGCGUUAAGGCGGGUGAAGGAUGUGACAGAGUACUUCCACGGGGAUGCGGGGAAGGAGGAAUCUCAUCCACUGAGGAUCUUCAUGGUGGUAAGGGAUUUCCUCGGAAUACUCGACAAUGUUUGUAAAGAAGUGAAGACGAUACAGGAGAGAACGGUGAUGGGUUCGGCUAGAUCCUUCCGGAUCUCAGCCACAGCUUCAUUGCCAGUCCUUGGCAGGUACAACGGUAGACACGAGACAAGCUCAGACGAAGAUCAUAGCUUGUCUCCAUGAGGUUUAUCGGCAUGGGGAUGGGAAGGUCAGGAAGGAGAACAUCUUUCUCGGCAAUCAAUCGUAUACCAUUGGGGCUCGGACAGCAAGUAGACUGUCUGUACAGGAUUUUUUUUUUUACAGCGAGAAGGAGGAUCUACACGAAAUGGACCGGCAAAAGCAGAAUAGGGAGCAUAUAGAGUUUUAGGAAGUCAGAGCUGAUUCCCGGGUAAAGGAGGGAGUGUGUGAUCGAUCAGGUUUUGUUGCCGUGACGCGGAAUGCGGUUAGUGAUAUGUCUUUUUUUUCCCCCGAGCGACCGAAAGAAUAAGGGAAACCUCUCUCUUUUUUUCCACAUUUAUAAUAAUAAUAUGUUAUAUGAAGGGUAAUUUUGUUUCGGAUGGGUUAUUGCCAUAGAAACGGAGAAUCCUUCUUGUUUGGUAACUGACUUUACUGUCAACUGAAAAAAGGUGGUGAUAUCGGAUUCACGUUGCUGCUUUCGGCGGUAUAAACAUCUGGCUGAAGAGUUCUUUCCUCGGAGACUCAGAAACGAUACAAAAUGAGUGCCUAACAGUUUGGUCGUCUUAUACAAAAACAAGUGAAGGUGUUUGGAUUAGUAGGUGUGAUUUUGGUGGGAAAAGAGAUAAGGAUUAUCUCGAAUGGCAACCGCAGAAUGCGGGGGAGAACGUGAAAGGGGAUGGGUGGGUGGCAUCUAGGGCAUACGACAAUGCCACUCAAUGAAACCCUUGGAUGCUUCGGAUUUGUAUUCGGUAUGUGUUUUGUCCUUCUACCACCCAAAAGCCAAAAACAUGUGACGACUUCACUUUCUUGUACGCUUUCCUCCUCCCCCCUUUUUCUUUGGGUUCUCUUCUCCUUCACCCCCACCGCCGUAUUUUCUUAUCGAAAAAUUUCUUAUC